CGGCCGUCAGCCGUCUACUACCUGGGCCGAGGGAGCCGGAGCCCGGCCCUGGGGAGAUGGCUGCGGUCCCAGCAGCGGAGAGAAGCAGAGAGAGCGCGUCCCAGCUCCAUGUCCCAGCCAGGUUGGACAUGCUAGAGAGUCCUUUCAGCAAUGACAACAUGGGUCCCUGAAUCUUGAAAGGAAAGGAAAGAGCAUGUGUGGGGCAGAGGGACUCGCAGGGCUCCCUUCCCCAGCCCCCGCCCGUGGAUGUGAUGGCGGCUCCGGCUCUGUCCUGCUGUCUGUCCCUCCUCAUCCUCCUCUUGCUGCUGACCAUCCCUCAGACAUCUACAGCAGUGAACGCACUGAGCAUCUCCUCACCUGGUAGGAACAGGAGUGGCGGGGGAACCCUUGAAGGCCAUGGGUGCCCUACAGCCAGUCCCACACGCCACAUCUUCACGGCAUAUGCUUCCAACAUCACAUGCUUCUAUAACUCGAGAGCCAACGUCUCCUGCGUCUGGAGCCAUGAUGAGGGCCUGCGGGCCACCACCUGCUGCUUGCACAGCCGUCAGCCUCAGAGAGAGGUGCUUUUUCCUACAAAACAGUGGAACCACACCUGUGAGCUGCAGCCAGUGAGGCCAGGAUCCUGGGCAUGCAACCUGGUCCUGGGACAUUCUCCAGAAGCUCAGAAACUGACCGUAGUGGAUGUCAUGAAAUUGACGGUGAUGUGCUCUGAAGGCGGGAAGUGGAGGAGGAUGAUGACCCAGGCUAUCAAGCCCUUUGAUUACAUUCGUCUGGUUCCACCCCACUCACUCCAGGUCGUCCACAUAGAGACCCAUAGGUGCAACAUAACCUGGACCGUCUCCCAGGUAUCCCACUACAUCCAAAACGAUGUGGAGUUUGAGGCCCGGACUAGGUCUGAGGGCCAUAGCUGGGAGGACGCCCAGCUACUGACCCUCAGGCAGAACCAGCAAUGGAUCUCCCUGGAGAAUCUCGCUCCAGGCAUGGAAUAUGAGCUUCAGGUGCGGGCCAAGCCCCGGCUAGGCAGCCAUGAGGUUUGGAGCCACUGGAGCCAGCCCCUGGCCUUCAGGACGGUCCCUGCAGAAACCAAGAAGAAGAUCCCACCUCUCCCUUGGUUGAACCACAUCUUCUUGGGAGUUGGCAGUUUCUUUGGUCUUGUCCUCUUGGUUUACUUUCUGGGCAGCUUCCGGUGCAUCAGGCUAUGGCUGAAGAAUAUUCUCAAGUGUCACAUCCCAGACCCCUCGGAGUUUUUUUCCCAACUGAGCUCUGAGCAUGGAGGAGAUUUCCAGAAGUGGCUCUCUUCACCCUUCCCCUCGUCCUCCUUCAGCCGCAGUGGCCUGGACCCCGAGAUCUCCCCUCUGGAGGUGUUGGACAGGGACGCCAAGGCCACACAGCUGCUCCUGCUGCAGCAGGACAAGGGCUCAUCGUCCUCAGCUGAGACCAGUGGCCACUCGGUGACCAGCUGCUUCACCAACCAAGGCUACUUCUUCUUCCACCUCCCAGAUGCCCUGGAGAUUGAGGCCUGCCAGGUGUACUUCGCUUACGACCCCUGCACAGAGGAGCUUGAUGAAGGUGGGCCCAGGGCCCCCGAGGGAGCUCUCCUUCCACCCCUGCCGACUCCACCAGGGGAUGACGAUGCCUACUGCACCUUCCCCCCCGGGGAAGACCUGUUACUCUUCUCUCCGAGUCUCCUCAGUGGCCCAGGUCCCCCGAACACUGCCCAGUGGGGCACUGGGGCUGGUGAAGAGAGGCUGGUCUCCAGCCCACAGGAGGGAGUCCCUGGAGACUGGACCCCCCAGCCCCUGGGGCCUCCUGCUCUGGAAGCCCCUGACCUGGUGGAUCUGCAGUCACCCCCAGAGCAUGAGCUGGGAGAAGCAAGAGAGAAGGUACCUGGCCCCAGUCCAAGGGAGGGGACCAGCUUCCCCUGGGCCAGCCCUCCCGGGCAAGGCCAAGUCAGGGCCCCCACUGUCUGCCUGACCCUGAACACUGAUGCCUACUUAUCCCUUCAAGAGCUCCAGGAUCAGGACCCAGCUUACUUGGUAUAGACAGACAGGCAGAGCUGGGAGGCAGGUGGCCAUCCACUGCUGUGCCAGGCCUGCUUGAGGACUCUCUGUCCAUGAAGCUUUUCCCCUGCUGAGACACGGUGUCCAGCAGCCUCUGGACAUCCCUGCCCAGAGGGCCUCACCCAGCCCUGCACACUCAGCUGUUGAUUUCCAAACCUCAUUUGCUGCUCCCUGGUCCUACAGCCCAAGCCAAGAACUUUGGGGGUGGGGUCCUUUGACUCCCCCAUUCCCUCAUUCGUCGUGGAGUACUGUGGGUUUUACCUCUGAACCAUUUCUCCUCUCCAGCCCUGCAGCUACUUUUCAGGGAGAGUUUGUGGUUCUCCAGUGGUCUUCACCCUGGCUUACUCACUGGGCUUCCUGCCUUGAUCACACCCUUCCCACCCACCCACCACAGGACAAUCAGCGGAAUCUUUCCAAAACAUAAAUGGAGCUAUGCCGCUCCUCCUGGAGAAGGAAAUGGCAACCCACUCCAUUAUUCUUGCCUGGAAAAUCCCAUGGACAGGGGAGCCUGGCGGGCUACAGUCCAUGGGAUUGCAAAGAGUUGGACACAACAGAGCAAAUGACCAUACAUGAGCUGCUCCUAGUUUAAAAUCCCACCAUGGCUCACCACUGCCCUCAGUACAACUUCUUGGCCUACCCGUUGGUCCUCCAGCAUCAUGCUGGGACAUUCCUGUCUAGAACCCUCCCAACAGUCCUACUCAAAGACCCCGAUGCUGGGAAAGAUUGAAGGCAGGAGGAGAAGGGGGCAACAGAGGAUGAGAUGGUGGGAUGGCAUCACUGACUCAACGGACAUGAGUUUGAGCAAACUCCUGGAGAUAGUGAAGGACAGAGGACCGUGGCAUACUGCAGUCCAUGGGGGUCUCAGGAGUCGGACAUGACUGAGCGACUGAACAACAACAGUCCUGCAGAGCCACUUGGAACUCCUUCAUUUCCCCACACCUUUGUACGUGUGAUUUCCUGUUCCUGGGGGGCCAUCUCCUCCCUCAUCUGGCUGACAAACCCCCCUUAUCCUUCAGGUGGCAGUUCUGCUUCCCUUGCAGGGAAACACUGCCUCCUUUCAUGUGCCCAAACUCGAGAUUCAGUGCUGGAGGGACAGGCUCUCAGGGACACAGGGUGGCGAGACAAAGUGUCUCUGUCACAUCCCCUUUGGGAUCUCUCGUGACCUCGGAAUGCUUGCCUACAGCUGUGGCCCGUCUGUGCACAAAUGCCCAGCAAAGGGGACGCUGGCUGGAUCUUUCCACAAUGGCAAGCCGCUGGAAAGUAAACCCCUCCAAGUGGCGGGUCCUGAUGCUGUAGGAGGCCUCCCUCAGGCCCCUCUUGCUCCACCCUCCACUGGAGGGGUCUUUUCUGCAGCUCAAAGGCUGGCACACUGCCUCCAGAUGGCAGUUCCAUUCCCCGCCCUUGAUAGAGUGGACUUUACAUCCUAUCAUAGUCCCUGAGUGAAUUAAUAAACUAUCUGGCAUCACCA